ACGCUCAGAAAGGGGCUAGGCGGCGCCGAGUCCACAUCCGGGAGAGGCGAGCCGAGCGGAAGUGGCGUUGGUCUGGCCGGAGCCCUUGGGUGAAAUUGUUAGGCGUGGAGAGGGAGUGAUGUCUUCCAGACUCGGUGCAGUACCCGCCACUCCUGGACCCACGUCCUUUAAGCAGCAGAGGAGCACGAGGAUCGUGGGAGCUAAAAAUAGCAGGACCCACUGCUCCAUAAAGGAUAAUAGUUUCCAGUAUACUGUCCCUCAUGAUGACUCCUUGAGUGGCUCAUCAUCUGCCUCUUCAUGUGAACCAGUGAGUGAUUUUCCAGCCUCCUUUCGAAAAUCUACCUACUGGAUGAAGAUGAGAAGGAUCAAGCCAGCUGCUACUUCUCAUGUGGAAGGGUCAGGUGGAGCAUCAAACAAAGGAAAAAAGAAACCCCGGCAGGAAGAAGAUGAAGACUAUCGAGAAUUCCCUCAGAAGAAGCAUAAGCUUUAUGGGAGGAAGCAACGGCCUAAAACUCAGCCUAAUCCCAAAUCCCAGGCUCGUCGUAUUCGGAAGGAACCACCAGUUUAUGCAGCAGGCAGUUUGGAGGAGCAAUGGUAUUUGGAAAUCGUGGAUAAAGGCAGUGUCUCCUGUCCUACCUGCCAGGCAGUGGGGAGGAAGACCAUAGAGGGUUUAAAGAAACACAUGGAAAACUGCAAACAGGAACUGUUUACUUGUCAUCAUUGUGGGAAACAACUUCGUUCAAUGGCAGGGAUGAAGUAUCACGUCAUGGCAAAUCAUAAUAGUUUGCCCAUCUUGAAGGCUGGAGAUGAAGUAGAUGAGCCAAGUGAGAGAGAACGGCUCCGAAUAGUUUUGAAGAGACUGGGAAAGCUCAGGUGCAUGCGUGAGAGUUGUUCCAGUAGCUUCACCAGCAUUAUGGGAUAUCUGUACCAUGUCAAAAAAUGUGGCAAAGGAGCUGCAGAACUGGAGAAGAUGGCCCUGAAAUGUCACCACUGUGGAAAACCAUAUAGAUCAAAGGCUGGACUUUCAUAUCACCUGAGGUCAGAGCAUGGGCCCAUCUCCUUCUUUCCAGAGUCAGGACAGCCAGAAUGUUUAAAAGAGAUGGACCUGGAGGCAAAGAGUGAGGGUCGAGUUCAGAGGCGUUCUGCCAAGAUAGCUGUGUACCACCUGCAGGAGCUGGCCUCUGCUGAACUGGCCAAAGAAUGGCCCAAGAGGAAGGUGCUUCAGGACCUGGUACCUGAUGAUCGGAAGUUAAAAUACACUCGCCCUGGUCUGCCUACCUUCAGCCAGGAAGUACUACACAAAUGGAAGGCAGAUAUCAAGAAGGAUCAUCGUAUUCAGUGUCCCAACCAGGGUUGUGAGGCUGUCUACAGUAGUGUAUCUGGCCUUAAAGCUCACCUGGGCUCUUGUACAUUGGGAAACUUUGUGGCUGGAAAAUACAAGUGUCUUCUAUGUCAGAAAGAAUUUGUGUCAGAGAGUGGUGUCAAGUAUCACAUCAACUCUAUCCAUGCUGAGGAUUGGUUUGUUGUAAACCCAACAACAACCAAAAGCUUUGAAAAGCUGAUGAAGAUAAAACAGCGGCAACAAGAAGAAGAAAAGCGGAGGCAGCAGCACCGGAGCCGAAGGUCUCUACGAAGGCGGCAGCAGCCCAGCAUUGAGCUUCCUGAGACAGAGCCAAGUCUUAGAGUAGGGAAGGGUCAGAAGAGGAAUAAUGAGGAACUGGUAGUGUCGACCUCCUGUAAGGAAUCAGAGCAGGAGCCAGUGCCAGCACAAUUCCAGAAGGUCAAGCCCCCAAAGACUAACCAUAAACGAGGAAGGAAAUAGGCAGUUAGUGUGAACGUGCUCCUAGGAGAGUGGAUGUGGUGCUCUUGUCACGGGGAGCUGUGCGGGGAGGACUGGGUCAUGGGGCUGAGUGAGGAUUCUUCCAGCUGUUUGUCUAAGGCUGUGACUUGCUCAGCUCCUUCCUCCCGUGUAAAUUUCACUGUCUUCCCUACUUACUCACAUUCUCCCCCUUCCCUAUUAGUAGGUUUUCCUGCCGUUCCUCAUUGGAGUCCUCUCGUUUUUCUCUUAUCUUGCCCAAAGAGCUCCCUCUUAAGCCGAAGUAUAGGCCCCUCUUGCCCUGUACAAGACUGAGAAACCUGUUUGGUUGUCCUUUCCUUCCUGGGGUAUAGAAUGUUCUUGGAAGCUCCACUGAUUUAGUAGCUGCUCAUCAUCUAGCUUAUGAAUGAAUUCCACUUUUUCUUUUUUUUUUUUUAAAAAAAAAACAACAUACUGAUUUUAUUUUUUUGUAUUUGUGAUAUAAUAAGACUAGAAGCUAGAACUGUUGUCACUCAUGUAAUAAGGUUACCUUGUCUCCUUGGGAAACAAAGUGUGGAGAUUGUUUGUCUUCUCAGUAUGAUUUUAGGAUUGCAAGUAAGAAAUUGGACUUAGGGUAAAAAAGCUAGAACCUCUCACCCUGGUUCUACUGGGAAAUACUUUGUUUGUAUCAGGUAGCAGUGUCUAGACCCUCAGGCAAGAAAAGCAGCCUUAGGAGUGAUGUAUCCUAAACACUACACUGACUGGAAAGAAAAAGUAGAAGCAGCAAUAAAUACUGUCCCAACUUUCCUGGGGCCUGAAGCUUCACCUUCACCUCUUUUUAUGAUGGGUGGCCUCCUGAAGCUUGCUAUUGCUCCCUUGGCUUUAAGGAUUAAGAAAAACCACAUUGCCCCUGGGUUUUGACACAGUGUCUUAGUGCUCCUGGUAAUGCCACUAGGAUCAGAAACCAAGGUGUGCAUUCCUUCUCCCCCGAUUUUACCUCACUAGUUAGUCUGCUCCCCACUAAGUCCUUGUCUAUCUCUUGAGCCAACCUUUGUCUGAAUUUUCUGAGAAUAUUGUCCUUCUGUCCUCUUUUAUAUAUGGGGUUCUACCUUUAUAUCCUGAGACUUUGACACCAGAUGUAGAUAUUAAUCUGGAGCUUGAAAGAAAAAAAUUUUUUUCUGUACCUCAUGCCUUCUUGGUAAUGUUUAUGGGCUGUUUCUCUUUGAGGGUGGCUUUGUCUGGAGCAUUGGUUAGAGCAGCUUUGUUGUCGUGUUUCUGGAUUCUCUUCCCCCUUUUGCAUAAAUAUUGGUCUUAUAUAUUCUUGCCUAUUUUGUGGCAUAAGCCACGUAAAAAAUUAACCCCGAUACUGACAGGUACUACCUUUUCAAAUUCUGAAAGGCUAUUGCUCUUUAACUCUCUGUUCUCUGUGCACCUCCAAAUAGCUUUAAAAUGUGGGCUUUUGUGAAGACCACUUUAAAACAAGGGGGCAUUGAAACCUGAUUUGGGUACUGCCAGAAUAGGUAGUUUUGAAACAAGUGAAAGACAUGGGAUAUCCACUCUAAAUUUUCAUUGACAGUUGUGCCCUUAAAGCCCUUUCAGUAGGUGAGGGUUGUCAGGGAGGAGAAAUGAAGAAGCUAUUUAAUUUCUGGUAAGAUUGGGGGAUGUUUGGCAAUGACCGAAGAAAUAAAUUAUCUCGACUAGAGUGA